UCCACGGUCGUCCCAUUCCGUUCUUGGCAUCACAGCGCGCAACAUUCGAGCCGACGUACGACGACCAAGAGCGCGACUACGACCACCUGCCUGCCUCCCUGUUACACAAGUUACCGUUGACGUUGCCGUUGCCGUUGCCGUUGCCGUUGUCGUUACCGUUGACGCUGACGUUGACGUUGCUUUGCGUGUAAUCCUUGCGCUCCUUAUUCUAUUUUCUCAUAUACAACACAUAUUACCUACACGUAUAUAUAUAUAUAUAUAUAUAUAUAUAUAUAUAAUACACGCUCUUCCUCUUCUAAUAUUCGAUCUCUUCCCUCCCUCUCUCUCUCUUUCACUCAACUUGCUCAACGUCUCGCCGCGCACCCUUGAUUACAACAUCCACCUCCUCCUCCUCCUCCUCCAACAACCUCUCCUCCUUAACUCUUUAUCUUCGGAGAUAUCACAUCGCGACGAGAAAGAAGAACGACGGUCUCUGCAACUAUAGCAAAAGAAUUUUACCCAUCGUUUACAGUGACACACGACGAAAGGAUUUAAAGCGGAAAGGCAGUAAUAAACGCGCGCGAACAAAAAAAUACGACUAUCAGAUUUUUUGUGAUCAUCAUCAUCUUCCUCAAAUGUGUAUACGGGAUAUAUUGUUAUCGUCGUUAAUUCGUCGGCAGUUAUAAACCAGUGAUAUAUAUUAUAUCGUAUAUACAGUAGAAGAAAGACACACUUACGUCAAACAAAGGAAAUCGAAGGAAUCAUAUUGAUUAAAAAGUUGGUCUUUUCGAAGUCUUCAUUGAAUUUACCGUCGCCAAAGAUAGUCGACGAAAAUCAUUAAAGGAAAAUUCUCGUGUUGGAUAAAUCUUCUUACUCCUCGUUUACCUGCUCGAUUUGUCUGUUAUCGUCGGAUUUGACGAAGUUCCAGACGAAAGUUCGACAGGUAUCUUAAAACGUGUGUCAAGAAAGAGCUCAACGAAGACGCCGUUAAACGUGCCUGAUACGAGUGUUUGCCUAUUGCCCAUUUCUUUCCCCUUUUACGGAGAAAGAAAAGAAGAUCGUCGCGCCGAUAGCACGGCACUCGGUACGCGCGCCAGUACUGAGUGACCUGCAUCGUCAACUAAAAGUUAUUAAAAGGUUUACACAACGGCGGUCACCACGUACAUCACACCGCUCAUCACCCCGGAGAAGAUGGUGACGAGGACAAAGAAGAUAUUCGUCGGUGGACUAUCGGCACCGACGACGCUGGAGGACGUCAAAAAUUAUUUCGAGCAGUUCGGUCCGAUCGAAGACGCGAUGCUCAUGUUCGACAAGCAAACCAACAGGCACAGAGGUUUUGGCUUCGUCACAUUUCAAAGCGAGGACGUGGUCGACAAAGUCUGUGAGAUUCAUUUCCACGAAAUUAACAACAAAAUGGUCGAAUGCAAGAAAGCACAGCCGAAGGAAGUGAUGCUCCCGGCGAACCUGGCGAAGACACGAGCGGCUGGCAGAGGUGCAUAUGAUUUUAUGUGGUCCGUGGGAGCUAUACCAGAAGGUUUCUCAGCAGCGGCAUACGCGGCAUACGCGGCAAGCCGCGGUUAUUCUGGGUACCCUAGUUUCGGACUACCCUACCCGACAGGAGUGCCGACGGUGUACUACUACGGAUCCGGAAGUGAGAAUGCAGGCCGCGCAUUUACGGAGACACCAAUGCAACACGUACAACGGACUGCACUACGGAAGAAAUUGGAUCUUACCAACGGACAGCUCACCCCCAACAACAACACGCCCUUGCUCACGCAAGCUCUUUCUGUGAUGAACAACUACCAGGCCGCAGCACAAGCAGGAUUUCCGCCAGCAUCGCCGCAUGCGGCAGGUGGCCAUGGUGGACCCCAAGGCCGAUCAUUUCCCGCUGCCAAUUCGCCGGGCCCUAUAGACAUGUACAGUUCGAGUGCAGCAGCCGCAGCAGCAGCAGUAGCCGCGGAUUCCGCAGUUGCCAGCUACGUCCAGGCCGCAGCUAGUCCGCAACCACCCACGACCGCGUUUCCCGCGAUCGCUGUAUCUCGCGCCCCGCUCAACUACAGCCCCGGACCUCUGAUACCAGCGGCAUUCACUAAUGGCUACCAUUGAGCCUCGUUAAGAUCUAAUAACAGGAUGGACGAGAGGGCAGAGCGCAGCACGGUCGAGUGACAGCACAACGAGCACUGUAGUAGACGCCUUGGGAUAAAAACUGAUCACACGGUUGAUGACGAUCUCUCGACAAGUAUUAAAAAAUGAAAAAAGAAAAAAAUGAUAAAAAAAAAUGAAAAAAAAUGGAAAAAAAACACAUACACAAACACAUAUAUAAAUAACAAAAAUAAAAAAGAAUGGAAUACGCGUGACUUACCGACUAUUAACGACUACAACGACAAUUACGACUAUGACUACUACUACUACUACUACUACUACUACUACUACGGACGACUACUACUACUAUUACUACUACUACUACGUCAGAGGACUGAACAUAUAAGGUGAGAAAGGAAGCUAAAGGGAUGCUUUCUAAUUAGAUGAGACUUCCGAAUAAUAUGACCAGCCGAAUGGUACCAACUACUACCAACAACUACCCCCUCCCCUUGAAUAUAAAAAAAAAAUUAUUAGAAAAAACAACCGUCUUCGCGGUAAGAAGAGUUCAACCUGAAAUAUGGGGGUGGGGGAGGGGGACAACGACAUCGAAAUAGAAAGCUCACACGAAUAAGGAUGAAGAGAUAUGCGAUUGAAAGAAGAAGAGAGAGAGAGAGAGACGGUGACAAAAAUAAACGUCUAAGUGGUUGAAAAUCAAGAAGUUAAAUAAAAAAGAUAAACAGGAAGGCAGCAGGCAACAUGCGCGAAGGGAGAGUACGAGCAAGAAAAAUGGGGAUACCAAAAGAUUGAGGAAAACUUAGUGCAAGAGAAAAAAAAUAUAUGAAAAAGAGAAAGAAAGAGAGAGAAAUAUAUAUGAAAGAUGACAAGAGUUGUACGAAAACACAUACAGGCUAGCAGCUGUGGCCGAAACUGCGUAUUGACGCCAGCCCGUUCACCGACAUUAAUAAAUACAAAAAAAUAAUAAUAAUAUAAUAAUAAUAAUAAUAAUAAUAAUAAUAAUAAUAAUA